GUCAGAUGGCGGUGGGACGGCUUUACGUGAGGGCAGAAGGAGAGAGAAUAAUAACGUCCUGAAGAAAGGACACUCGAGUGAAUGAGUGUGUGGAGGACUGUCUGUGCGUGGAAGACAAACCAGCGCUUCAAAACAAAGGACAGCUACUACUUCUUCUUCUUCUACGCCUGCAAAAAUCUCCCCACGCCGACUUCCCAUGUUGCCAUGGCCGAGGGAAGCUGCUUCGGUGCGCUGUAGCUGUUUGGCGUGACCAGAGCCGGACCUUGCCUCCAAGAAGAAAGAAUCGUUUGAGGAGGGAAAACAUCUGCUCAGAUAAGGAUAGGAUCCGAAAAAAGAGAUCUGCUGGACCUUUCUGUUAGUAAGGAGAGGAAUUUAAACUGUCGCUCUAAGAGGGCUUCAAGAAUUUCUACUCUUUGAUUGUUGCCAUCUGGGAAAAGAGUUGACGCCAUGUGCCAUGUUAUCGUAACAUGCCGCUCCAUGCUGUGGACGCUGCUCAGCAUCGUGGUGGCCUUUGCCGAACUCAUCGCCUUCAUGAGCCCCGAUUGGCUGCUGGGAUUCCCUCGCUCGAACUCCAGCGCGAGCGGGGCGGGCGUGGACUCCGGGGAGUACCGGCCGUCCCUCGGCCUCUACAGCCGCUGCCUUCGAGUCGGGUCCCGGGGAGUUGGGGUGAGCUGCGGGCCCUACGCCAGGGCGUUUGGAGAGGUGGCCAGCGGCUUCUGGCAGGCGGCCAUGUUGUUUCUGGCAGCUGGGACGUUGGUGCUGGGAGGAGUGGCUUGUAUCUCCGUGUUCAGCAUGUGCUUCCAGAGCAUCAUGAAGAAGAGCAUAUUCAACAUCUGCGGACUGCUCCAGGCCAUCGCAGGCCUGCUGCUGAUGGUGGGCCUCAUGCUGUACCCUGCCGGUUGGGGCUCAGACAAGGUGAGGGACUACUGUGGGACUGAGGCCUUGCCAUUCAGGCCGGCUCUCUGCUCCCUCGGCUGGGCGUUCUACGCGGCGAUCGGAGGAACGCUGGGGUCCUUCCUGUGCGCCGUUCUGUCCGCGCAGGCAGAGAUCGCCACCUCCAGCGAUAAGGUCCAGGAGGAGAUCGAAGAGGGGAAGAGUUUAAUCUGCCUUCUCUGAGCCUUAAGAAACCUUCAGGGAACACUCCAGGAAAUCCUCCUCGGUGUCAUUUCUUCUUGUAUGGACACUUGUAGAUCUCAGUGUAGGGAGGACAGACAUUUCUUUGAGUGACUUUCUUCACAAUAGACUGGAUAAAAGUCAGUCAUUGUUGAAAAGAUGGAAGCCUUUGUAACAAACAUCGUCAGGCUCUGAACUACCACAGCGGUUACAGCAGCAGGCCGAUGAACUUUGCCUGUAGACCAAUGUUUUUGACCUUGAUACUGUUUUAUAUUUGUACUAAUUUUCAUCUUAAACAAACCACUGUGAUGGAACAGCAGGAGAUUAGUCAAAGCAGUUGGUAGUGGAUGCGUGGUUAGCGUUCUUGUGGACAGGUUAAAUACUGCCAGACGAACAGUGUGUAGGUUCGUAACGCCAUUAUACUGUUCAUUCACACGGUUCACCUGCGAACCACAGCAAACCACUGAAUGCUACCAGAUGUGUCCACUGAAACUCCCAACAACAGCUUGCAUGUGUGUGGGAGUGUGUCUUUUGAGUUUUUUUAUAAAUGUCCAUAUGCUCUGAUUGUACGGCACAGCAGGACGGUAAGGCUAGCUAACUUUACACGCGCCACUUAACGGAUUGCUCGCUUUAAAGGGAGUUUUCUCCAAUUAAACGGAUUGUUUGCGGGUCCUUUGCAGCUUGUUAACUGGGAGAGUGUGUGAACAAGAACAGAAACUCAACUUUCAUGGUGCUCACAGGGACAUAAAAGCAGGCUGCACUGGAUCUUAUGCUCGGUUACCUUAAGAAGCCUCCGUUGAGCUUUUUCUGGAUGAAUGCAAAACGGGUCAUCAGUGUUUCUUCUGUUAUCACCCGAUAUUUUUGUUUUAGCACUCGGCCCUUAAUUCAUUUCACUUUGCUUCCUAUAUUUUUUCCAACCAUGCUUCAUAAAGUCGCUGUAAAAUGUUGCGUCACGUGACCGCUUCGAUUCAUUGUAGAUGAGAUGUGCAAUAAUUCAACUAUAGUGUGAUUGCAGGGAGAGUGAGCAGACCCAGAGGAUGAGACAUUUCUGGUCCGUCUGUGCUUAAAUGAAUAUGUUGACUGUUUUUUGUUACAUUAACAAAAGAGUAACAGCAUCCGUGGCACAUUGUAUGAUGCUGCAUGUAUGAGAGUUUGUACAGUCUGUACUUUGUACUCAAAUAAAC